AAUAAGAACGCAGUAAGUAAAGAAAAUUAAUUAUACAUGUGAAUACGGAAUAAUUGUUUGACAAAUAGUCGAAAAGACAUCCAAAGAAAAAAAUUUAUUUUUCUCAUGUCACAUUGAAAGUUAUGACGAUUGAGGACACUACACAUAAUUAACUUUGGAAGUGUAUAAUACAUGCAUAGUCACUGUUAUCGUCUUUGAAAUAGACGCGCUAACUAAGAAUGCUAAUUGGCAUUCGGAUUUUAUUCAGUCUGUAAAUAUGUCCUUAUAUUCUGUUCAGCUCUACGGAUUAACUAGAUAACUAACUCAUCCUAGCAUAAUGGAUAUUUUCUUGAAUAAAUUUCGCCUAUUCAUCAUUGUAAUUAUGUACAUUAAUUUUGACAGUAUUCACAGUUAUUCACAAACAUCAGUGAAUUUAGCAGGCUUCCACACAGGAAGACGUUUACUCUAUUCAGAUUGGGAAAGUGCACCAUCCUUCUAUUCACCUGGUGGUAUUACACCAGAUAAUGAACCUCGUGCGCCUAUUUAUCUGGAAUUAAUAAAUAAUCUUACCUCGGUGAAUGGAGCUUCAGGUAUUUGUGGUGUAUGUGCACGCAUAUAUCGUGUUUUACAUAUGACACAGUUGAAUGCUGCUGAAGAAUGCCGACGUCAUCAUAAUUCAAGACAAGCAGCUUUUGGUGAUAUUACGGAAUUUUAUCAUACUCUUGUUAAAAGUGGAAGACUGAACGGAACAAUCGAAUUUCCGCUGGCAGAUAAAUUUUCAAGAUUCUCGUUUCGAACAACUAUUUUAUAUUUGGCAUCACGUGGAAAUGAACCUGGGCUAAUGAUUGAAGCUGGUUCUGAUACAAAGUAUGUAUUAUGCGUCCAGUCCAUUAAAUGUCCAGAACCUGUUACAACGACUACAACAUCUACGACAGAAGCCUUAACAACAACAACUUUACCAACUGCAGCUUUAACUAAUUCAAAUAAUUCCUCUAUGUUAUUAUCUUUAUCACCAACCAGUUCACAAGGUCGUUCAUCCGGAAAUGAAAAUGAUGCGAACAAUGAACACAACAAUUCAGCAUUUUGGGAUACUUUGUUGUCUGGGACUGAACCUAAGAGCUGGUUUCUUGCAACCAUUUCUCUGUCCAGUCUGUGUUUACUACUUAUAAUCAUGCUGAUUGCAACAUGGCUGUAUACAUGUCGCCUACGUAGGUUAUAUAACCGAAGGCGUUGUCAUGGUACAUGCCGUUUUGGUUGUCGUUGUCCACCAGAGGUUGUACGUCAAACAGCUGCUGAAGCUGCAGUAUGUGGUCCUUUAGGUUUACAAACACAUCAACAGUUUACAAACACAAUGUCGCCACAGGGAAACGGUUCUGUCAGGAGUGGUAGUGGAUUCGGAAAUACACUGUAUACAGGUGGAACUUUGAAUUCAGGUCGAUGGGGCUCAAAUGGUAACAAAAUCGGCUCUCCGUUAUAUGUGGCUCUUGGUUCUGCACCUGAUAAAUCGGCUUUAUUAAGUGCUGGAUGUAAUACACCUAGUUAUAUGCUUGAAAUGUCUGGAGGUUUACCUAUAGCGAAUACAGUAGACGGAUGCAGCGGAUCGUGUAAUCAAACAAAUGGAAAAUUUCGAAAUACCCGUCUUCGACCGAAAAGAACAUCACAAGAUGCUCUAAGACGAAGUACAAGUGAAGGUUCUAGUGUAUCAGGAGCAACAGGUACAGCCGGCGCUAAUAACAGUGUAACAGGUAUAGACCAAAACUCUUUUUUGUACCGUUCUGGACAGGCUGUCACUUUUUCUGAUGCAACAAUGCCAAAUAUUUUACCUUCUAUGGUUGUAAGUAAUACAAAUGCUGGUCAGCGUGGAACUGAAUCAACCGGGACAGUCUACCUACAAGGCGGUCCAAAUGGAUAUAAUUACUCAGACAGUGGUAGAGGUAGCGGGAUCAGUCCGGGGUAUUCACAUUCACCUACACAUGGAAAUAGUAGAAAGGUGAAUGAUAGAGCAUAUUUCAGUAGUAACACUAAUAGCGCUGGUAAUAACAAUAAUAUUAAUAAUAAUAAUCAUAACAGUAAUAUUCAAAAUGGCCUCAUCAACUCCAAUGGACCAAUUAACAAUAUGGACGAAGAAGAAGUUGAAAGCAAAUGUGAUAUGAAUUAUUUAGGAAAUCAAGCGAAUAAAAUCUUAUCCAAUUUACAAUCUGAUCAUUGCAAUGACUACAAUAAUUACAACUCAGAAUCGCAUAACUUGCCAUUACAUCAUUUGAACCGUGGUUCUGAGGCAGAUUUAUUAAACAUCACUCCUCCUUCAGGAUUUUAUGACUUUACAAACAGCAACAAUCACAACAACAAUCAGCACAAUAACAGCAGUACUAAUGGAAUGGUGAAUUCUGAUUCUGGUUAUUUAGUCAGUUCAAGUUUACCUCACAACAUGCUUACACCAUCACCUCGUCAACAGUCAAGUCAUAUACACCAAAAUCGUUUAAUAUCUAGUCCAAAUAGUUUUGGCCGACAAAUAUACAAUCAGUUGCCACCAUCAUCAGGAGGACUACUUCCACAUUCAUCUGGUAUAAAUGGAAGUAACACGACUACCAAUUUACUUUAUCCAAUCCAUGGAAGUCCAACUAGUCAAGGUGAAUGGCAAAAUCCUAUGUCAUUUACAAAAUGCAGUCUACAAAAUGGUGAAAUGGUUGGUAGUACUGAUGAAGACUUCAUAAAUGGUUGUCCACCGAUUAUGCUUUCAACUAAUAAUACCACAUCAGAAAAUUCGAAUACAGGAACAUUAACAAGAACACGUAAAUAUAAUACGCCUAAUUAUAAUAAUGGUAACAGUAAUGGAGGCUUAAGACCAUUAGUUACAAGACCACACUUCUCUGAUUCCUUACAUUCAGGAGGUAAUAAUCAUAAUCUUAAUGAGAAUAAUUCAACAACAAUCAAUAAUAGAUCAUUUCAUAAUUCCAAUGAUAAUGCACAAAUCAAUGAUACAUUGAUAACAACUUCAAAAGUUAAUCGUAUGUGUGUUGGUAUAUCAGAGCGUAUGUUGUAAAUUGAAUAUUUGCCAAUUUGUUUAAAUUCACCAAUGAUAGAACAACUAAUAGGAGUAUUUCUUCUUUUAAAUUUGGACAAAUUUAAGUGUUUCGCAUAAUUCAUUCAUUAAGGCUAUUUAUAAGGCAUAAAAGGAAACAUUUGUUUAUUUGCAUUCUCGAAGCAUCUUCUUCCUCUUAUCAUCGUGUUGAAAUCUACAAGUUUUAUAUUGCUUGUUCAUAUUGGAGAUUAUUUUGCACUAGCUUCUAAUAAUGACAAGAAUCUCAUUUUAAUUAACCGUCUUUAAUUGUCUCUAAUGUCAGUCUUUGAUGAAUCAUCUCAUUCAUUCAUUCAUCGUGAUACUGAUGAGGCUAUUUGAUGAUCGGUCCUCCCCCCCGCCGCCUCCUAGAAUUAAUUUCUCUUCUCGCUACAUUCAGAUAAUUAAACACUUGUCAUUUAUCAAGAGUGUUGCCUAAAUUGCAUCAUUGCUGUUGUUGCUGAUGUUGUCGUUGUUGUUCUAUUGUUGUACAGGUCAUACAUAUAUAUACAUGAAAUACUUUCACCUUUUUAUGAUUUCAUCAAUAACUUUGGGACCGAUUUCCCGAGGCCCUCCCUCGACCCUCCCUAAUAUUGCUUAUCUCUCAACAAUCUUUGUACAUCUGUAAACAACAUCAUUAGUGUAAGCAACACAAACACGCACACAUGCGCGCACACACACACACAGAGAAAAAUGACUAAACAUCACACAUCAUCCAGAGAAAAAUAACAUAAAUAAGCAUGCAUAUGAGCAUUUUGUUUUGAGCAAUGCUAACGUAUCUGUUUCUAUGCACACUGGCAUUUAUAUGAGAAUAAAAUCGGAUGUUUCGAUUACACUGUACAUCAUUUGUGCUUACGUUCACUAACUAAAAUACCCCCUGGUUUCACUGACCUAUCUGUAUGGGGAUUGGAGACAACAGUGCGUAUAGUAACGCUGAACACUGGACAUGAUUAAGAAGUGAACAUUUGUGAACACCUGAUUGUACACAACACAACACAACAUAUAUAUCCCAAAUGAAUUUUGUUUUUCGUUUAGAUUAGAAAAGAGAAAGCCAGGCUGCUGAAUAAGCUUUUUCUCUGUCUAACAGAAAAUGAAUAAGAAAAAACAAAAAAUGGUUUUUCUUGUUUAAUUUAUUUAAUUUUGAACUUCAUCAUUUUCAUUUUUUUUCUGUUUAUUUAUUUGGUUAUGAUGAUGUUGGAUGGUUUGUUCGACGAUUUUUGCUACUGAAAGGCAACAUUUUCUUGAGUGUAUGUGUGAGUAUUGUUCAUUUGGUUUUUAUUUUGUCCGGUUAGAUCUUUUCUCUCUAAUAUACAAUAAUAUAUCAGAAAGUCAACUCGUCAAAAACUUACUUCUGUCAUGUUUGUGUCCGUUGGAGUGUAGAUGCACUUGGUGUAUGUGUGUGUGUGGGGGGGGGGUGCGUGUGCGCCUGUGUGUUUGCCUACAUGCAUCUCUUGUCAUCGUUAGUUUCUACUUACUUGACUAUUUUCAAUUCUCUUCUGUUUUUUUUUAAAUAUUUGUAUAUGAAUGUUUUUGAUUUAGAUAAACAAUAAUCGGGUUUAUUUCUUGUCUUGUUCAAUAUUUAAGAUACCAGUAUUAGUAGUAUUAUUAUUGAUCAUGAUUCGAGUUUUACAAAUGGAGAAAGAAAUAUCUGUUAGUUCCUGAAGAAACAGUAGAGAUCGUUCAAGCUGUUGUAAGACAAUGGGUCACUGGUCAGUAGCACAGAAAAAGAAGUACUUUCAAUGCGAAUUCAUAAUAACUAAGAAACUAUAGAAACUACUGCAACAUAAGAGUGGUGAAUCUUUCAUAACUAUUCCUCUUUAUGCUUUUAUAAUCGUUCUGUAUUUACUAAUGAUAAAUUUUAUAUUUCAGCCUAAUAAACUUAGUUCCACUUA